AACAAACUUGCUGACAAAUAUGUAAAAACGAUAAUAAUAUCAUACCGACACGUGUCCAAGUUAUAUUUUAGUUAAAUUUCUAGGUAUUGACUAUGUCGGAAAUAGGAAUAAUAUGCGUUGAAGGGGAUUUUUAAUAUACAUUAAAUUGUAACAGGAUACAUAUGUAGUCGAUUUUACCGGGUUGUUACUAAAUUUUCGAUAUGGUAGUAUUCACAGAUGGAAAAUUCAACUUUGUUUAUUCCUUAUUAUCUUAUUUCACGUUCUUUGCUUUAACUGUGUCCGAAUAUGUACCUGGACAUCUUAAGCCUCUUGGUCACCAUAGAAAAUCUCUUGGAGGAGUUACAAUAUUGAAGGAAUUUCCAUCUCCUACAGAUUUUUAUGAAAAUUACAUUGCGAAAAGUGAACCGUUUGUUGUAAAAGGUGUUCUAGAAAAUGGACAAUUUCCAGCAUACAAGUUAUGGACUGAUCAGUAUCUAGAGGAAAAAUAUGGAAGAAUUUAUGUGGACGUGGAAGGAGGCAAGAAAGAAGACCGUAACGCACAGGCUUACGCAAUGCCGAUGUCAAAGUUCCUUCAGAUAUACAACCAAUCAAAUGUCUACAUGGUUUAUGACGUUGCAAAAGAAAUGAAAGCUGAUAUUACAAUACCAAUAUCUCUGCAAUGUGGAGGUUUAGAAAAGGCUAUAAAAUCAGUUAUAAUGUGGUUCAGUAGCGGUGGGACAAGGUCUGUUCUCCAUAAUGACGGACUUGACAAUAUCAACUGUUUACUGGAUGGAAACAAAGACUUGAUCAUGUUUCAUAAGAAAUACAAACCUGAGAUUGAAGCGGAUCAUUUCAUGCAGUAUGGUUCCUAUAGUAAAGUUGAUGUUGAAGCUGUGGAUAUGGAGAAAUUUCCCAAACUACGUGACUUACCAUGGUAUAUGGCAAACAUUACCAAAGGAGAUUGUCUAUUUAUACCCUAUCAAUGGUACCAUCAAGUGUAUUCUCAUUCUGGGCGUAAUUUGGCUGUUAACAUUUGGUCUAACCAUCUUCGUUGGUUUGACAAAACAGCAUGCAAAGAAAGUGAAGACAAACUUAAGCCAAAAUCACUGAAGAAUAUAGAGUUAAAGAAUGAAGAAGAAUUCUCUCUAGAUGAUGAAGUACGAGAUAUGUUUCUGGAUGCAUUGGAUGAUCUAAAAACUGUCAAUUUUGAAGACUUUGCAGUUAGAAUCAGAAAGAUUGCUGUAAAGGAAGUACCAGAUGAUGCUCUAAUUAAGAUGUUUGAUAUAAUCGACAAUGAUAAGAAUGGCAUUUUAACGAUGGAUGAAUUUCACACCUGUGAUUUUUCUGAAAUGUUUGAACAAAUACCAGAUUUUGAAUCCUUUUUUACGAACAAUGAUCAAGAUGCUCUCGACGGAAAAAAUGAUCAAGAGCUGCCUGGCAACGAUUAUUACAAUCAACAACCAAUGCUGGUAGAGAUGGAAGAUGACGUCAGUUUCCUUUUAAAUCCUAAAAAGCCACAAGAAAUAACAUUAAAUGACGAAAAUAUCCAGGAAGAAACAAAUGAUCAAAUAAGAAAUACGGGUAAAGAAGAACUAUAACUGAAAGACAGCUUCUAACUAUUUGAUUUUAUGAAUUAAUCCAUUUUUCUUUUCAAGUUAUAAAAGUCGCUGAAGCAAGACUUACGCUGCCCACGGCAUAAACAUGUACAAUUGUCAAAGUUUGUGAUUGGGUCACAAAGGCGAGACAUAUAUAUAUCCAUGCAUGUGCAAACAGUUUAUUCAAUAACAAAUAAAUGUAUUCCUAUCCUCACUUAUUAAAUUAAAUCGUAAUCUUUUAGAA